AUGCCAAAUAUGAAUAUGAAUAAUCGAAAAUCACCUGUGAAACAACAGCGUAUCAAACAUUCACAUUCAAUACCAGUUACAAAUUCAAAUAAUGGUCGUAUGAGAUCAAAUAGUAGUAUGGCAUCGUCUUAUCCGAGAAUGUAUAAUAAUAAUAAUAAUAAUCAUUAUUAUCAUUAUCAUCAUUAUUCAAAUACAACUUCACCAACAGCAAUGUCAGCUAGUUCAUUACCAGCUGUACCAUUGUUUUACUCAAAUACAUAUGCUGAUCCACCGGAAUGUUCAUCAUUACCAAAACCACCUGAAUCAUGGUAUUUACCAUUAUCAAAUGUUGAUAAUUUACCGGUUAAAAUAGAAGAAGAAAAGGAAAAAGAAAAAGAAAAUGCACAUGAAAAUGAAAAUGAAAAAGAAAAUGAAAAUGUAAAUGUAAAUUUAAACGAAAAAGAAUUAAUAACAACACCAAUAAGACAAAAAUCUUUUAUAUCACCAAUACAACAAUCGAAACAAAAUUUUUCACGAACAUGUUAUUAUACAAAUAAUAAUCAAGGUUUUUAUAGUCCAUAUUAUUCAUCAACACCAACAUCAUCAUAUCAAAAAUUUCCAACACAAUAUAUCUCUGUUAAAGCUUAG